CCCAGUCUUCUAGAAUUACUCCACGUGAGAAAGUUUAGAUUCUGAAAUCGAAAGUAUAUUUGAUCGAUUCAUGUAACAUUUCACAUUUUUCACCUUAUGAUUUGCAAACAUGAAGGAACGAAAAAGCAGUAAGAUGCCAAACAACCUUCCACAGCUGCAGAACUUGAUUAAACGAGAUUCUGACUCGUACAAAGAGGAGUUUCUUCAGCAGCUUAGGCAUUAUCAGUCAAAUCUGCAGAUUUUCAAGUUGAAUCCAUCCCACACAAGUAAAGUCCUACAAGAGCUCGUCAUGUUUUUAUGCCAGGUUGCCCACUGCUAUCCUGAUCACCUUGGGUCCCUACCACAAGAGUUAAAGGACCUGUUACAUAAACACCACAGCGUGAUGGACUCAGAUCUGCGGAUGACAUUGUGCAGAGCUCUAAUCCUCCUACGAAAUAAAGACUUAAUAUCUCCAACCAGUAUUCUAGAACUGUUCUUUGAGCUGUUCAGAUGUAACGACAAAGUUCUACGACAAGUUUUAUAUACCCAUAUUGUGACAGAUAUCAAGAAUAUGAAUGCAAAGCAUAAAAAUAAUAAAGUUAAUUCAACAUUACAAAACUUCAUGUACACAAUGCUAAAGGAUAGCAAUGCCGUCGCUGCCAAGAAGUCUUUAGAUGUUCUGAUAGAGCUGUACAAACGGAACGUGUGGAAGGAUGCCAAGACUGUCAAUGUUAUAACAACUGCUUGCUUUUCUCCUGUACCAAAGAUUUUAGUAGCAGCCCUCAAGUUCUUUCUUGGUAGUGAUGAAGGUUCGGCAGGGGAUGAUAGUGAUAGUGAGAGUGAUAAUGAACGUGUUGAAACAAAAAAGCAGCUCGUCCAUGCAUCAGGAGUCAACAAGAAAAAUGCAAAGAAAAAAAAGAAAUUAGAAAAAGCACUUGCACACCUCAGAAAACACAAAAAGAAGCACAAGCAAACAUCUGUAAACUUUUCAGCUCUGCACCUUAUUAAUGACCCACAAGGUUUUUCAGAAAGAUUGUUCAAGCAGCUAGAGGCCUCCACAGGCCGAUUCGAAGUUCGCAUUAUGUUAAUGAAUUUAAUAUCUAGGCUGAUUGGUGUACAUCAGUUAUUUGUAUUCAAUUUUUAUCCAUUUCUACAAAGAUAUUUACAACCACAUCAAAGAGAGGUCACCAAACUCCUCAUGUUUUUCUCUCAAGCUUCACAUGACCUUGUCCCACCUGAGGUGGUAGAACCUGGUGUAAGAACUAUUGUGAAUAACUUUGUGACGGAGAGGAACUCUCACGAGGUUAUGGCUGUUGGGUUAAAUGCAGUCCGUGAGGUGUGUCAGAGAUGUCCCCUUGUUAUGACUGACACCCUUCUUCAGGAUCUGGCACAAUACAAGACGUCCAAAGACAAAAGUGUGAUGAUGGCUUCACGGUCUCUGAUCCAGCUCUUCAGAUCAGUCAACCCUAAUCUACUUCACAAGAAAGACAGAGGCCAGCCAACAGAGAGUAGGGAGGACUCCAAGCCAUUAGAUUAUGCUGCUGUAGAGGCCAAGGAUUAUAUCCCAGGAGCUGAGGUACUGGAUGAGGCAGAACCUGAACCUACUGAUGCAGAUGGGUGGGAGACGGAUGAAGCAUGUGAUGAUGGCAGCGAUGAGGAUGGUUGGAUUGAUGUGCAGCAUUCGUCAGAUGAGGAGCAGUCUGGAGAUGAGGAUGGAGAAGACAGCGAAUCUGAGAGGGAAGAGGAAGAUGAAGAUCCAUCAGGGGAAAACCAAGAGGGUGGAGAGGAUGGGCAGACGCGCGCGGCGAGGAUCAGUCAGAUGAGGGUACAGUACGUCCGUUUUUGCAGAGAUAUCCUUACAGACGAAGAUUUUAAGAAAAUCCGGAUGAAACAACUCACGAAAGAAGUUCAGCCCAAACUUGGCAAAAAGCGAAAGCGGGCAACUACAACAGAAGAACCUCAAGGUAGUAGAAAUGAGCUUGUGGCGCUAGAAAACAUUGAGGGGAUUUACAAGAAAAGGAAACACGACAAGGCAUCAAGACUCGAAACCGUCAUAGCGGGACGCCAAGACAGACCAAAGUAUGGCACGAAGAAAAAGGCAAAGAUGAACGAGCACGCGGGCACGUCCAACAAAGAAAAGAGACGAAAGAAGAACUUUAUGAUGAUGCGCCACAACAAGCUCGUCCGUGGCAAGACCAAGCGGUCUUUCCGAGACAAGCAGAUUGCUCUCCGGGACUCGCUUCUAAAGCGGAAGAAGAGCAAGAUAUAGCGAUUCAUAAAGGCUUAUACCUGCAUUUUAUUAUGCUAGUGAUGUUACUGUAAAAUCACUUUGCGAAUGAAUAUAUGGAAAUAAAUUAUAAUUGCAGAAAGCCUCUGCAAAGGUGUUCUUUGAA